AUGUGGCACGACAUAUACAGGGUCAUACGUAAAUCCAACAAGAAUUUAGAAGAUACUCUGUUAAGGAAGACGCCGAACGGUACAAUAAAGACCCCAGCAGAAUCAGCAGAUCUAUUAUCCGAAACCUUCUACCCAACGGACGAGAUCGAGAAUGAGCUUAACCCGAUUUUAAACCAUAUGUGGGGCAAGCUGCGUAAAAUGAAACUGGCAGCCCAUAAAACUCUGGCCAUUGUAGUAACUAAAAAGAGGAAAUUCGAGAACCGAAAACUAACACUCGACAACAUCGAAAUAAAAUUUACUGAUAGUGUCACGAUUCUCGGACUCACAAUAGACGUCAAUCUUAAUUUCAUAAAACACGUAGAUAGAACUUCAGAAAAGUCGAUACAGCUUUACAAAAAGGUGGCAAGAGCAGCGAGAGCGAACUGGGGACUUAUCACAGAAAUUCUCAGGACAAUUUAUAUUACUGUCGUUGAACCUACAGUCCUUUAUGCUGCAGGGGCCUGGGGGUCUGUAGCAGAUAAAAAGUAA